AUGGAGAGGUGGAACCAGUAUGGAGCGUUGGAACCAGUAUGGAGCAGUGGAACCAGUAUGGAGUGGUGGAACCAGUAUGGAGUGGUGGAACCAGUCGGUGCUCAGCUUACGGAACCACUGCCUGGAAAAUACAACUGCAAAUUCCAGUUAAAGAAAGACAACUCUUCCAAUCCUAAUUCUCAAACACAGAAUGAAAUGCCAAAGUUUUAUCCAUGUGCUGUGUGUCAAAAAAGAACAAAGCCAAAAGAACGAAGGUCAAUAAACAGAGACAUUAAGAAAUAUCUACAGAGAAGGUUGUUUAUUGAGACCAAAGAAAGUGACAUUAUAUGUAACAAGUGCAGACACAAGUAUUAUGUGGCAGAAACACUGACUUACAAAAAAAAUGAAAACAAUCGGUCAGAUCCAGAAUAUAUUCCAUCAACAACACAACCAAGGAGCAAAAGUACCCCAGUUAGUCCACCAUCAGUCAGUUUAAAUUUGAAAACUACAAGCAAAACUCACUCUCGAUGUUUAGUGUGCAAGCGACCGGGUCCAAAGCUUGUUGUUCUGACGUCUGAUGCCAGAUUCAGUGUAUUUCUGGAACAGAAUAUACUAAUACCUGCUGGUUCUAGAUGUUGUCCUGUCCAUCUGUAUGAAGGACUUCUCAGUGCCACUUCUUUGGAAAAUGUGCCAGUCAUAGAAAAUGCUUAUGGGUUUUCGGAUUCCCUGUCACUUCUGGAGGAUUUAGGUAUUAGAGCUGAGAUGCCGUCUUUUAUCAAUAAAGGUCAGAAGCAGAUGCCUUGUGAAGAUGCAAACAACAGUAGAUUUGUUACAAAGAUUCGUUGGGUGGUUGAAUCAGCAAAUGCCCGAAUUAAAAGUUGGAAGUAUUUCAAUUACGUUCUGCCAACUAACCAAAUUCCAUACAUUGGAGACUACCUGAGAAUAGUAUGUGCGCUUUCAAAUAAGUAUUUCCAGCCACUAUGCUCUCCUCACAGUGAAGAUGGUGACACUCGUUUGGCUUCGAGGAUGCUGUCAUUAUCAUCUGGUGGUAACACUUUGAAGUCUUAUGUUGAAGCAAAUAAUCUUGAAAGAAGGUCUGCACUCUGGAAACCGGUAAGUGAUGUUGUACUUGACAAUUUUCCGAGGUUCACCGAGGAGCAACUACGCUCAUUGACAUGUGGCGUAUAUCAACUGAAAAUGUCUUCGAGCUACAUACAAGAGCAUUUAGAUGGCAACUGUGAUAUACAGGUACAUGCAGACGACAAUGACUUGUUACGCGUUUGGAUUCAAAGUCGUCAUACGUCGUCAAGGAAAUAUCUUCUAUGGAUCAGAUAUUCGUUGUCUGAUAUUAUUGCAUGGUACUGUAAAUGUCGUGCCGGAGAACGUGUUGUCGGCAUGUGUUCUCACAUUGCCUCUGUUGUUUGGUAUCUAAGUUAUGCGCGACAUUUAGAGAGUAACAUUUAUGGAGUUCAAAACUGGGGAGAAUAUCUCGCUGAUGCUAGCAAAAUACCAGAGCCAAUAGAUUUGUCAGAUUCAGAAAGUGAAGCCAGUAUUAUAGAAGAGUGA